AGUCGUGCGUGGUUAUAAAGCUGGGUGCGAUCAGCGUGAAGUCGGAGCCGCGCUCGCAGCAGCUGGACGUGCGGCAGCUGCACCGCCAGGGGCUCGCGGACGACGCGCUGCUGCUCGAGAUCGCGCGCCACAGCUACGACAAGAUGGCGCUGCGCCUCACGCAGAUGCAGAUUGUAAUAGCAUCUCCCAAUGAAGAUUGGCAUUCUGCAAUUGUUUCGAAUGAAGCCACACCAUUGCAUCUGUUACAACCCACGAACUUAGUGAUACAAAUACACAAAUGCCUCAUUACUGAUGAUCCGAGAAUGCCGAAGAUUAAAAUUAGAGGAGAACUGCAGAAAAUAGCUGUUAGUGUCUCAGAAGACAGAUUACUAACGUUGUGUGAGAUUUUGGUGAGCAUGCCAUUACCCCGUUCCGAAGAAACUACUCAACUCAAGGCAAGUGACUCAAAAGCGUCGAGUCUUUCAUUGUUGAAGUAUUUGGACCCUGCUGAGAAAUUAAAGCGAGAUACAGCGCGGUCUAAGCAACGAAAGAAUGAGGAACAAACUGUACAACUCACCGAGCUUGAGGCAUUCUUUAUAAUGAAUGAAUUAACUUUGAGCGUGAACCGUAAAACGAUGGAUCCGUCUCAAGGUUACGACAGGUUCUUAGUGUUUUCGCUAAACCUUCUUGAGCUAAAAGCGACGCAAAAGACAUUCACACUAGAAGCAACUGUUCGACUCGGAUCUGUCAACAUGCAACAUCAUCGAGUUGGUCACAGCACUAUUAACAUGAUAGAAACUCCUCUUGUGAAUGAGGAUCAGGCUAAGCUCGAGGACCAAUACUUAUUCGCCGUCACUUAUAGUAAUGUUGACAAGAAAUGUCCAGAAUUUAGAAGUCACUACGGUUCCGUGGAACAAUUAAUCGAGUUAGACUUUACUACUCUUACCCUUAUGCUCCAUCUACAAGGAUUACAAGAAAUCCUAGUCAUUGUCAAUAACUAUCAGACACGUCUUAAUGCCAUCCAAAGUUCAGUGGAUAGGUAUGCUAAUGCUGGCCCUCUCGAAACCAUUAUGGAAGAUGAGGAGUUUUCCCUGACGAAGUCAAAAGAUUUACAAGCAAGUGUAUCAAAACCGUCUCAUCGCAAGCAAGUGGAAAGUAUACAACUGAAAGUGAACGUUAAGAUCGGGGCAGUAGAGAUCCAAUUCGCGACGGAUGUGCGGCCUCUGUCCAUAGUUAAACUACAGGGAGCAACUGCGGGACUAGUGCUCAAACCAUCCUAUACACAAGUGGAUUGUGCUAUAGCUUCCAUUAAAGUGGAGGAUUUGAACCCUAAUACUAUUCAUAAAGAGAUUUUGAAAGUUUUAGGCGGUGACGUAAUGAAUGUACAAAUAGUGAUGUACAACUUGGACCAGUUCCCGACCGUGAGCGACGUCAACAUGUCCAUAGACGCUCAAAUCAAUUGUUUGCGAAUCGUCUUCCUUAACUGGUUCGUCACUUCUAUGCUGGAGUUCCUGAACAACUUCCAAGCGGCGCAAGAGGCGAUCAUCGAGGCGUCGUCCCAAGCGGCGGAGGCGGCGCGCGCGAACGUGCACACGGCGUACCAGAACUCCACCAAGCUGCUGCUGCGCGUGCGCCUCGCCGCGCCCAUCAUCGUCGUGCCGGAGAACUCGGUCAGCGCCAACGCGGUGCUGCUCGACUUUGGACGGAUGACCAUCAAUAACAAGUUCGUCGAUCUGCCCGUUGCGGACGUGAGCAACAAGGUGACUGUGGACGAGCUGACUCUGGAGCUGGACGAGCUGAAGGUGUCGUGCUGCGUGCUCGGCGAGUCGGGCGCGGCGCACGAGCGCAAGCUGCUGCGGCCCACCAGCUUCAAGCUGCUCGUCAAGCGCAGCCUGUCCGCCUGGUACGAGCCGCUGCCCGACCUCGAUGUGUCCGGCCGGAUGAAUACGAUCGCGAUCACAGUUGGGCACAGUGAUUACAAAAGUAUAAUGAAAAUACUCAACCAAAAUCUUCAAGAAGGUCAAAAUAAAGCAGAAGAAGUGAAACCGCAAAAUAUACCGAAAGUCACUUCUAAGCCUACCGUUAAAAGUCAAACCAGCAAAGUGACAACGAAAUCGACUACGGCCGUCGUGACACAGAAGGAAACUAAAAAACCCCGCACCACUAUCAAGUUCUCGUUCACCAUGGACAGUUUUGUUAUUGAUCUCAUGAACACAAUUAGUGCGGAGGAGUCGCAGUUCGUGAAGGACGUGGAGCUGGCGCGGUUCUGCAUGGCGCUGCUGUCGGUGAAGGGCCGCAUGUUCUCGGACGGCUCGCUGCACACCUCCGUGCUGCUGGUGGACUGCACGCUGGACGACACGAGGCCGGCGCGCGGCGCCAAGAUCACCAGGUACUUAGAGAGACGCCGUGAGAAACCAGACACAAAGGACCAAAGCGAUGUUACGGAGAACAUAAUGGAGGCCCAUGAUAAAAUACGAAGCAUGAUUGACAUUACAUAUACAAUGAAAAAUUCCGAUACCUUUAUUGAUAUGAGAAUAUUCAGUUUUAACUUGAUUUUGGCCAUGGAUUUCCUAAACAAAAUAGCAGAAUUCAUGACGACCGGCCUCGCUGACGAUUCUAAUACAGCGAAAUCAAAAGACGAUAUAAAAGCUAUUAAGUCGAGUGAGAAAGCCGUGGAUAUUCAGACGAAGAAGAAAGUGUCUGUGGCAUCACAACCCUCAGCGAUGGAUCAACCCGAACGCCCUUCAAUGAUGACAGUCAAUAUUAAAAUCGAGCAACCAGACAUCAUACUCGUCGAAUCUCUGGAGCAGAAGAAAUGUGAUGCUCUCGUUUUGAACAUGGAGGCGCGGUUCAAGCUGCGGCGCAGCGAGAGCCAGCUGGUGGCGGACGGCGGCGUGUCGGGGCUGCAGAUGGUGGUGCGCACGCUGGGCGGCGCGGCGCCGGCGCGCGCGGCGCCGCGCUACCUGCUGGCGCCCGCGCACUUGUCGCUGGCGCUGGCGCAGCCGCCCGACAGCGGCAUGCACGUCGACGUCGCGCUCACCGACAUCAAGAUCACCGUGUCGCCAGAUAUAAUAGCGUUGCUUAAUCGCGUCUUGGCCACAAUGACGAGCAGGGAAGAAGACAAUGUGGAACAGGAGAACAAACCGAUCUUUUACAAUAAGCUCUGGGAUAUACAACCAUUUAAACCAACCUCAUAUUGGUUCCUGAAAACUGAGGAGGCAGAAGAAGCGAUACUUCUUGAAGAAUCAUCUAUUGAAUUACUGCCCAAGCCGCCAGUAGGUGAAAUUUGCUUGCUCUCCAGUCCAUCUAUUGUGCUCGCUUUGGAAAUGGACAUCGGUAAUGAGACCAUACCAGUGCUAGUCAUGCAGGCCUCACUGAGUGGACAAGUUAAAGACUGGAGUUCAGAAUUCUACAUGGAGUGUAUAUGGGCUAUGCAAGUGUCUUACUACAAUAUUGGGCGCGCUAUGUGGGAGCCGCUGCUGGAGCCUGUAGAAGUUCUGAAGGAUUAUCAGUAUCGUCACAUACCGUGGGAGCUUAAAAUGGAGGUGGUGAUGCGUCCCGAAGAGGCUCCGUCGGCGAUCGACACAACAGACGAGGCGGCCAACAUCCAAGCAGUGGCGAUGCGCCAGCCCAACAAGACCAUCACCUUGUCCAGUAGUGAGCCGCUCGAGAUAACCAUCACCAGGAGUGGGAUGGAAGUUUUAACAUUGCUUGGAAAUUCAUUUGCAAGUGCAAUAGCUGAAACGGCUGAUACAACUUUGGUUGCUAAGGCGAAAUUAGAAGAUAGUCCGACCAAACAAUACUUGGGAGCUCCAUACGUAUUGCACAACUGUACUGGUUUGACAAUCAAACUUAUAUUGCACAAUAAUCACGACUUUGCUGUUUUCCUCACUGAAGAGUAUACAGCUUCUGACUAUAGGGAAGUUGUGCUGGAGCCAGGCGCGUGCGUGCCGCUGCAGUUGAAGCAGGGAGGAAUUAAUGUUAUGAAGCUGAACGAGCCGCCACCGCAACUCAAGCUUAAUAUUAAGAUAGUGGAGCUGGACGAGGAGCUGCAGUUGCCCGUGGAGCGCGCGGACAAGCGCUACUUCACGCUGGGGCGGCGCGCGGCGGGCGAGGCGCGCGCGCGCAACGUGCCGCACGCCGCCGCCAUGGAGCCGCGCGGCCUCAUCUCCGACGUCGUCAUGCAGGACGCCGCGCUGCACAUCUACCUGCGCAGCGUCGUGCAGGUGACGAACACGCUGGCGGAGUCGGUGUGCGUGUACUACAUGACGCUGAGCGGCAACGAGGUGCGGCUGCUGGGCGAGGUGCGCGCGGGCGGCACGCUGCGGCUGCCGCUGCAGGCCGUGCACACGCCCACCGCUGAGAUAUUCUUCUCCGUUGAAGGCUUUACUGUGUCCGUAUCGCCGUUUGUCUGGCGAGAGCUUCAACAAGAAGUGAAAAUAUCGAAAUUAUUGCAAUGUGACUCAAAAGAUAAAAACAGUGGAGAAAAGUUCUAUCUAAGGGCUGUUGGAACAAUGGAGCAAGUAUUUUACGAGCAUUCCAACCGGCAUACAUUUGCGUCAUCGUGCUACGAUAUAGUACUGAAACCGGCCGUCAAGAUGCAGAACUGUCUGCCCGUCGACAUUGUUGUGUCUCAACUUGGUUUGAAACGCACUCAGUUGUUCAAGCCGGGCGAGAUGUUCCAUUUGUCGCAUUUAGCACCGAACAGAGCAUCUAUCGUUGUCAUGAUACAAAACUACUUGGAAAAAUGCUGGGUGUGCACCAAGAACCUGCCGGAGGAGGACGCGGAGCUGUCGGUGUGGACGUUCGAGUCGCACGACAGCCCCGCCGUGAUGCUGCUGGAGCUGGGCCUGCACAGCGCCGACCUGGAGGGCACGCAGCUGCUCUCGCUCUACUGCCCCUUCUGGAUGCUCAACAAGACCGGCUUCACGCUCUGCUACCGGAAAUCAAAGAAACCAGAAAAAGAUUCCAGCACCCCCAAUAAGAACGUUGAUGAGACCGGCAAUGUAAUCUUCCACCCGAAAGAUUACAAGGAGCCAAUACUGUUCUCUUUCCGCGCAAAAAAUUUCUUUGGCAAAAAGAAAGCUGCGAUUCGCAUCGAGUUCGGCGAAUGGUCCGAUAAGUUCUCUUUGGACGUGCCUGGAAGUUCCGGUGUCAUCAUCUGUAAGAAUGAGGGUCGGACUUAUCAGGUUGCAGUGACAAAUCAGUUGACUUUUAACAGCUUGACAAAAAUGGUUAUAUUCACACCAUUCUUCCUCAUCAUCAAUGAGUGUCCAUUCGCCAUACAAUACCAAGAACUACACCGCUCUGCAGAUCCCUGGAAAGAGGUAGAACAAAACUCGAGUUCUCCUUUGUGGCCAGUGGUUGAAAAAGAAGACAAGCUGUUGCUUCUACGUGUUUCUGGAUCAAAGGAGCAUGCUGCGCCGUUCUUGUACACGGAGCAACAUAGCGUCUGUUUGAAGUUAAACAAUGAGUACGGCGGGCUGCACGUGGAGGUGCAGCUGAGCGAGGGCGGCACGUACGUGACGGUGCGCCAGUACCGCGACGGGCACGCGCCCGCGCUGCUCGUCAACUGCACGCCCCACACGCUCACCGUGUACGAGAAGGAGAACGUCAACGUCAGAAAAUUACCUUCGAUGAAUAGGAUGUUGUAUACUUGGGAUAACCCUGCGGGUCCAAGAAUACUUAUUUUUGAGGGAUAUAAAAAGAAAGAAAUUGAGAAUGAUUUGAGAAAAGAUGGUAUUGGAGAUUUUAUGAUAUCGGAGAGCGAGCGCGUGUGGUGGGUGUCGUUCCUGGACGGGCUGCAGCGCGUGCUGCUGGUGACGGGCGACGCGCUGCUGGCCAGCGGCGCGCACACCAUCGGCGAGGCGGAGCCCGUGCACACGGAGUUCGUGCUCGCCAUGCACGGCCUCGGCCUCUCGCUCGUCAACGACCACGAACUCACCGAGAUCCUCUACCUGAGCAUUUCCAAUUCUGGUAUAAUAUGGGAACAGUGCAAGAUAGGUUCACGCCGAUACAAGAAGAUUGAAGGCCAAAAACUGAUACAAUAUGAAGAAGCAUACCAAAAGUAUAUUACUGAGAAAAUGAUUAGCGACACCGAAAUAUCUCCUCGAGUGCUUAUUGAUGAUAAAAUUGAGGUGGACUUCUCGGAGAUGCGCAUCCUGAAGCCGUCGAGCCGGCUGCUGCGGCGCACGCAGCAGGCGGGGCUGUGGGCGAGCUACGGCGUGACGGCGCACUCGCGGCGGCUGCACGCGCGCCUGCACCGCCUGCAGGUGGACCAGCAGCUGCCCCUGCCCACCUUCCCCGUCGUGCUCGCGCCCGUGCCGCCGCCGCGCUCCGUCGCCAACGAGGACCCCAGCGGCAUGAAGCCGUUUAUCGAAGUAUCGAUAGUAGAGCGUAUAAUGGAGCACAGCAAAGUGCGACAGUACAAGUAUUACAAAAUGCUGAUUCAAGAGUUCCACGUGAAGGUCGACAUGGGUCUAAUCAAUGCACUCAUGGGCAUGUUCCCACAGCGACUACUCACGGAACAAGAAGCUUUGGAAGCAUUCCAAGCCGAUUUAGAAAAGGCAGGACAACCUCUUGAAGCUUUGGCUGCCUUAGGUGCUGCUUCUGAUUUGAAAAACUUCUAUGACAAUCUACAUUUAUCGCCGCUAAAGGUGCACGUGUCGUUCUCGCUGGGCGGCGCCAGCCAGCUGCCGACGUUCGUGGGCACCGUGCUGCAGAGCAUCGGCGUCACGCUCACCGAUAUGAACGAUGUUGUCUUUAAGUUAUCAUAUUACGAAAGGAAUUACGAGUUCCUGUCCCAAAAGGAAUUGAUCAGUCAAGUACAAAGUCACUACACGGGACAAGCUCUGAAACAGUUGUAUGUGUUGGUGCUCGGACUGGACGUCAUCGGCAACCCUUACGGGCUCGUCAUCGGUUUAAAGAAGGGCGUGGAAGAUUUAUUCUAUGAACCCUUCCAGGGCGCGAUCCAAGGGCCGGGCGAGUUUGCGGAGGGGCUGAUGCUGGGCGUGCGCUCGCUGGUCGGGCACACCGUGGGCGGGGCCGCCGGCGCCGUCUCGCGCAUCACCGGCGCCAUGGGCCACGGGCUCGCCGCGCUCUCCCUCGACAAGGAAUAUCAACGCCGACGACGAGAUAACAUCAACAAACCUCCUGCUAAUUUACAAGAAGGAUUAGCCCGAAGUGGAAAAGGACUUGUUAUGGGCGUGGUGGACGGCGUGACGGGCGUGUUCACGAAGCCGCUGGAGGGCGCGCGCGAGCAUGGCGUGGAGGGGUUCUUCCGCGGGCUCGGCAUGGGCGCCGUCGGGCUCGUAGCGCGCCCCACGGCCGGCGUCGUCGACUUCGCGUCCGGCUCCUUUGACGCCGUCAAGAGAGCUGCAGACAUGUCGGAGGAAGUAACGAAGCGGCGAGCGGCUCGCUACUUGCCCCCAGACGCGGGCGUCAGGCCGUACUCGCGCUCGCACGCUGAAGGAUACAAAUUGCUAUCCGAACUUGAAAAGGGUAAAUUCGUGAGCACGGACACGUACGAGGCUCACGUGUGGGUGAUCCCCGCCAAGGAGGUGGUGAUGUGCACGGACAAGAGGCUGUUGUAUCUCGAAAAGAACAACGUAUUUGGCGGUUGGCAGAUCGUAUGGACAUAUCUCUGGACGGAAAUCCCCGAGGUGCCCACCGCGGUGAGCAAGGGCGUGUACAUUCCUACAGCCAAGAGGAAGGUGCUCGGAAUGUUCUCGAGCUCGGGCUCAGGAAAGGUGAUAUUUCUGUACGACGAGCAGCAGAAGAAAUAUUUGCUCGCGCAGUGCCAGCGCCUCAUGGAGACCCGUUGACAUGAGGUCGUAGAAAGAAUCACGCCCUCCGAAUGGUUGGCGCAGUUCUUUCUACUCCUAUUCGAUACUCGCACCGCUCUGCUUUCUAUCGCUUACCACUUUAACGUGCACCAUUUGAUGCAAAGGGGCUUCCGCUGAAUCUACUAUCGGCCUCUUCGUUAUAUUCUCCCUUCUUUGCUCUUAGAGUUGAAGUGAUACCGAUGUUUCAUCAUGUUUAAAGUCCAAUAGACUAGACCGUUUUUUCUUCAUUGUUGUAAAUAUACAUGGAAGUAUUAAUCGACUUUACGAUAUCCGAAACUAUAAUGACAAUGCAAUGACGUGACAUUAGGGUUAUGUUAGUUCGUGUACAAUGCGCAAAUCUCCGUUUUUGUCUUGUAUUCUGUGGGUUGAAAAUUUAUAGUAUUUAACGUGGUACUUAACAUAAUAAGAUUUUUCUUCUUUUUGGGUACAAUGGAUACUUCAAUUUGCAUUUAUAAUAGCUUUCUUUAAUGAUGUAGUCUUCCGCGUUUAAUCCUUUAUAUAAGAUAUUUGCGUAUGGCGAUUUAUUCAGUGUAAAGGAUUUUUAUUAACACAAACCUUUUCUUAUCAUGAUUGUGUAAUUUGCCUUUGCCAAAAAUAUGUGCCGGAAAAAAGGCUAUAGACCCCCCUUAAAUACUGAUUUAUUUUCCAAAUGCCUAUAUUUGUUCAUAUAGAUGUCAUAAAUACGUUGCGGUUUAAUUUUCAUUCACCUAUAGAGUACAAAUGUUAUACCAGUGACUUGCAUAUUUUAUAUUUAAGUUUUGAGAGAUUUACGAUGAAAAUGUCGCAGUUUAAAACGAACUGGUCAAGUUGUUUUGUUGUUCCCAUGUAUGUACCAGAUUACUAGUGCCUUAAAGAUUUUAUUGUUUAAGAAAAUGAGAAUAUUUAAUUACUUUUGUUGAUUUUAUGUACUCGUUGCAAUGCUCUGUUGUUGAGAUAUAUAUCGAAAUUGCCUGUUUUUUACAGCCCUAUAGCUAUUCCUAUAGCGAUUUAUACUUUGUAAAGCAUAUAUUUUGUAAGCGUUUUACGUUGCUGUAUUAAAUUCUUUUGAAAACUUUGUAUUUACUCGUUACGCACGUUACUAAUUUUGAAUUUGUUUUGUGGAUUCUUUAAAAUGUUUUGAAUAAAUGUAUUUGUAACUUAAA